GUCGUCGCCCACUCGUCAUCAUCGCCACCGUCGACGGGUUUUGCGGUUUGAACGGGCCUCAACGAUCCAGCCGUCGUCAUUUGAAGUUUUCAAUCGAACGGUGUCGUUACGCGGUCGUUCAAUCGUUCGAACUUUGCAGCAUUGUUUGUGUCGUCUGACGGGUGUUGGAAAGAGUGCAAAUAGUCUACCACAAGAAACAGUGGGAAUUCUCAAGUGUCCUGAGUGAAAGUUAUGAAAUUCUACAAAAAGUUCCCAUAAGUGUGUACAAGCAUCUGGGUGUGAGUUUGUAACGAGAGAACACAUUCUAGUUCUGGUUGGUUACGUUCGCGUGCUCGCUCGUGCCGUGUGGGGACAGAUUACUCGACCCUCGUCUUGGGCGUGUGCUUGUUUGUUGCGCCAUUUCUUCCCACUUGUCGCGUGACUCACCAGAAAAGGGCCAACCCGUAAGCUAGUCCCAGAAAGGGCGCAACGAAAUCGAAAGGAGUCCAUCAAAGGAGAAAGUCAACUCUGACAAACUCUGACAGUUACACAAUAGCGUCGUCCAUAGCAACCAAGGCAUCACCUUCCAUAGUAACUACUUGGCUGGAUUAUUAUCUCACACACCUAUCCGGUGGAGUCUCGCGUUGUCACAUAGGUCGUUCCACAGUUCUCGUUCCAGUGUCUGUGUAUGAAAUAGAUAGAUAGAUAGAUAGCAAGCAAAAAAAAAAAAAGAAAACAGAUCUCCACACCUUUGACAACGAGCUUCGUUCAAGCCGUGAAGAGAGUUCUGUGUCGUCUCUUCGGUCCAAACCAGUUCCCAGCUCCGUACGACUCCUCGCUCGCUCGCAAGAUGCAAAAGGUCAGCAGUCGCAACUCCGGCAGCAUAUGCUGUUGGCUCGUCGGGCUCUGCCUGGUGGUGGUCAUCGUGAUGGUCCAGCUGGCCGGUUUUACCCACGCCGAGGCGACCACCGCCCGGACGCAGGUUUCGGACGAAGCGCUCGACAAAGCCCUCAGCGACAAGCGGUACCUGAUGCGCCAGCUAAAGUGUGCCCUCGGCGAGGUACCGUGCGAUCCGGUGGGAAAGCGCCUCAAGAGUUUAGCGCCGUUCGUUCUUCGCGGUGCCUGUCCCCAGUGUACGCCGGUCGAGAUGAACCAGAUCAAAAAGACGCUGGCCCAUUUGCAGCGAAAUUUCCCCUCGGAAUGGAACAAGCUGGUGCAAACGUAUGCCGGCUAGAAUGUGGUGACGUUGGCGGCGGCGGCGACGAUCUGCGCGCCUGUGCCUGUGUGUGAUAAAACAAAUGUGUCGGCGGUGGGAAUUCUUGUGGCGGAUGUGGAAUUAUGUUUAAGAGACAGGCUGAGAAAUCUGUGGCUAAAGCAUAGGUUAAGUCGACGAAAUGCAAAAUUCUAAACCUACAGUAUUUGGAACUUUGCGCCACGAAACUGUGUCGUACAAUUUGAUAACGAAUUUAGUAAGGAAUAAAUAAGAAUUGGAUACAAUAUUUUACGCCUAAAAGUA